CACACACACACACACACACACACACACACACACACACACAGACAGACUGAGCGGGGAGGCGGCUCUUUGAUCUCAAAGUGGCUCCAUUUACCGGAGACUUAAUCGGUUUGUACCGGAGACACACACACACACACACACACACACACACACACACACACACACACACACACACACACACAUACAGAGAGAGAGAGAGGGAGAGACUGAGAGAGAGAUUCCGUGACCGGAUCGUGGUUCUGCUGCACGCUGAUUUUUCUCUUGAAGGCGUCUCAUCGACACGUUCUCGGUCUGGACCUGGACUCUUCACCUGUCUGUCUGUCUGUCUACCUGUCUGUCUUUCGUUUAAACAUCUGCAUGGCUGACUGUCCUGGUGUGUGUCGGUAUUCCCACGGCUGUCUCUCCCGGUGCGUCGGGACUCUCCGCUCUACUGGAUGGAUGUGAUCUGCGGACCUGAGUGAAGCCCCGUGAGCCGCAGCUGGAGGACGUGACCGGGGCGGAGAGGCUCUGCCCGGCCGGGCUGAGGAGCUCUGAACCGGGGCAGAAGCGGGAGAGGCUCCGCGGGUCGGCUGUGAUGUCACCAUGAUGCUGCCGGUCUCAAGGUUCAAAGGUCAGCCAGUUGGCAUGGUAACCAACACAAUGCCUUGGAUGUCCAUCAGCAGUGAACCCGCUCCUCCCUGGAUUUGGUUGGCCAGCUGGUCAGCUGCAACAUACCAGGCCACGCCCCCUCUGGUCUUCUACCCUCCAGCCGUGUGGAUACCUGAACACACACACCUGAUCCAGUGGGAGCGUCCAGCUGUUGAAGUGGUUCCUAUAAUCCCUCCAUAUCAUCAUUCUUCACAUCUUCAUCCUCCUCAUCCUUUCCCUAAGCUAGCUGAAAGCUGGAUCUCUCCUGAGGAAGUGGGCGUGUUCCAGAGGAGAGACAAACCCCUCCUCCUUACAAAUCAGAUCAUCCAGAGGCAAGGACACGCCCCUAGGACCCGCCUGCUGCUGUCUCCCACUCAACUCUCAGGUCGAGUUCGAAGAGACAAAACAAAGACAGCAGGAACCAAACCAAAAAGCUCCUCCACCUCCUCUUCCUCCUCAUCUUCCUCCUCCUCCUCCAUACCUCUGCACCUCCUCUCUGUGGGUCCUCUCCAGCUGCCUCUUCGCAUUGCUCCUCCUCCUCCCUCAGGUGGAGCUUACUGUGAGUGGGCGGGGCUUCAUACACAAAGACACAAGAAGGCAUGGCCUCUUAUUCUUCCCAAUCAACUGCAUAGAGGAACCUGGGCACAGCCAAUCAACAGCCUGGAGAGAAAACAGUCUCUGCCCAAACAGCACUUUUUGAACCGACCUGUCUCCCCCUUUUUGCUCAGCAUGGACAGAUGGCCUGUCUUCCCGUUUCAGGUGAUGGAAAUUCCUCCUUCUUUCUUCUCUUCAGAGUUUUCAUCCAGACUCUCUCUGCUGAGCGACUACAGACACAAGAAGCGGGGGAUGGGCAGAUUUAAAGUUUCUGCAGCGUUUCCUCUGAGGACAAAGAGAACAAUGGACGACAACAAACAGUGUGUGUCUGCAGACAGAGAAGAGGAGGAAGAGGAGGAGGAAAGUGAGAAGGGAAGAAAAGACAAACUUCCUGUCGCCUCCACUCCUGUCCCGGGGUCGCCAUGGUGUGUAGUGUGGACCGGAGACGACCGCAUCUUCUUCUUCAAUCCCACAAUCCACCUCUCUGUGUGGGAAAGACCCGGGGAGCUGAUUGGACGAGACAUCAGCAGCAUCAUCGAGGACCCGCCCCACAAGAGGAAGAGGACGACACCUGAAGAUGGCUGCGGCUGUCAAUCGUCUGAUCUCCAUGGUAACGGUGAAGACGAUGAACAUCAACAUGACUCCAAAAGAAACAGAGUCGAGAAGCAGAUGUCCCUCGUCCCUCAUCCAGGAGAAGUUAAGCUCCUCCCCCUGGAACUCCGAGUGGCUCAUUUCAGAGAGAUGAUGCUGGAGAGAGGGGUGUCAGCGUUCUCCACCUAUGAGAAGGAGCUCCACAAGAUGGUGUUCGACCCUCGAUACCUGCUGCUGACCUCGGAUCAGAGGAAACAGGUCUUUGAUGUGUUUGUGAAGAGCAGGCUAAAGGACGAGUACAAAGAGAAGAAGAAUAAACUGCAGAAAGCGAGAGAGGAGUUCAAACAGCUGCUGGAGGAGGCCAAGAUCACCAGCAGAUCCACCUUCAAGGCGUUCUGUGCGCGUUACCAUGGAGACCAGCGCUUUAACGCCCUCAACAGGAAGAAGGAACAGGAAGUCCUCUUUCAGCAUUACAUCACAUCCUUAAAGAAGCGAGACAAAGAGAACCGAGUCAGACUGAGGAAGAUGAGAUGAGAACCCGUCCCAGGACCUCACAGAUCCUUCCAGAGCAGAACUGAUGGACCUCGACCAGGAACUUCCAAAACCUUCACACACAAAUAAACAAAAACAACUUUUAAAAACAUUUUCGGGAAGCAUUUAAAGUAACCCUCAAGGACCUUCCAGAACAACGAGCUGCUGGUUCUGUGUCAGCAGGAGAAAGAGACGUCCAGGGACCAGGAUCAGACUGGGACCAGGAUCAGACUGGGACCAGGAUCAGACUGGGACCAGGAUCAGCAGAGGCUAUGCACUGUUACAAGUGUCAAAACAUUCAGAAGUGAUAACAAAGUGAAGUUUUUUGCAUACCCUCUAUUCCAUCUCAUCUUCUGAACUGGUCCAGACCUGAACCUGGACCUGGACCUGAGGUAGACCUUCAAGAAGUACGCCAAGUUAAACUGAGCACAAAAAAAACCCCAUGUCUGUCUGUCUGUCUGGAUCAAUCACACUCUAUAAACUGAUCUGAUUUGUUUAAAUGUGUUUGUAAACAGGUCUCUCCUGAUUGGUUGAAAAGUAUUUCUGUUAGUUUUGUGAGUGUGCUUGGAUGUGUGUUGGUGAAAUGCAUUCUGGGAGAUGGAGUUGGCUUCUGUUCCAUCAGAGAACAGGAGGAACAUAAAGCAGAAUGUUCAUACAGAAUCUCGUUUACCUGCUCACUCUGACCUGAUGAUCUGAUUGGUCCAGCCAAGCCACGCCCCCUCCUCCUGUACACCCGAUCCGUGAUGCAUACAGACUGAACUUGUUCCUCUUCAUGUCUUUAGUGUGAUGUUUUUAUUUCAUAAUGAUGCUCUGAACAAACAUGUUGCUGUGAUGUAAGCCCCGCCCCCUCGUCUUUCAGCGUCACGAUAAGCUGUGAUUGGACAGAAUUUGUUUCCCUGUUACGAUUGGAUGUUUCUCAGUGUCCUGACUUCUUAUUGGACGAUGGCUGUGUUGUGUUAUGAGUUUUCAUUGGCUGUUGUUCAUGACGUGUUUUAAAUUAAAAACUUUCCACAAACUUUU